UUUAUUUGAGGAGAACACUAUUGAAGCCACCUGUGCAAGACAAUGAAAUUCUUCAGUUACGUUUUGGUUUAUCGCCGGUUGCUCCUUGUAGUUUUCACUGUGUUGAUUUUAUUGCCAUUGCCACUCAUCCUCCGCUCGAAGGAAGCGGAAUGUGCCUACACCCUCUUUGUCGUCGCCAUAUUCUGGCUGACAGAAGCUUUGCCUUUGUCGAUAACAGCGUUGCUGCCUGGCUUAAUGUUCCCGAUGUUUGGGAUCAUGCCUUCCAAAGAAGUGGCAUCUGCUUAUUUCAAAGAUUUUCACCUACUGCUGAUUGGAGUCAUCUGUUUAGCAACAUCCAUAGAAAAAUGGAAUCUGCACAAAAGGAUUGCUCUGAGAAUGGUGAUGAUGGUGGGUGUGAACCCAGCAUGGCUGUCCUUGGGGUUCAUGAGCAGUACCGCCUUCCUGUCAAUGUGGCUUAGCAACACCUCUACAGCUGCCAUGGUGAUGCCCAUCGUGGAGGCUGUGGCCCAGCAGGUCAUCAGCGCAGAGGCAGAGGUGGAGGCUACUCAGAUGACUUAUUUCAGUGGAUCUACCAACCAGGCACUGGAAAUAGAUGAAAGUAUUAACGGACAAGAAGCAAAUGAGAGAAAAGAGAAAACAAAACCAGUUCCAGGAUACAGUAAUGAUGCAGGGAAAAUUUCAAGCAAGAUGGAGCUGGAAAAGAAUUCAGGCACAAAUUCUGGAAACAAAUAUCGAACAAAGAAGGACCACAUGAUGUGUAAACUUAUGUGUUUGUGCAUUGCUUAUUCUUCUACCAUUGGUGGACUGACAACAAUCACUGGUACCUCUACCAACUUGAUCUUCGCUGAGCAUUUCAAUAUGCGCUAUCCUGACUGCCGUUGCAUCAACUUUGGAUCAUGGUUCAUAAUGUCCUUCCCGGCUGCCAUUAUUAUUCUCCUCUUGUCUUGGAUCUGGCUUCAGUGGUUUUUCCUAGGAUUCAACUUUAAGGAGAUGUUCCAAUGUGGCAAACCCCCAACAGCCAAACAAAAAGCCUGUGCUGCGUUUAUUAAACAAGAAUACCAAAAACUUGGACCAAUAAGAUAUCAAGAAAUUGUGACCUUAGUCCUCUUCAUUGUAAUGGCCCUGCUAUGGUUCAGCCGAGAUCCUGGAUUUGUUUCUGGUUGGUCUGCGCUUUUUUCAGAGUAUCCCGGUUUUGCUACAGAUUCAACUGUUGCUUUACUUAUAGGACUCCUGUUCUUUCUUAUCCCAGCUAAGCGACUGACCAAAACUACACCUACAGGAGAAACCGUUGCUUUUGAUUACUCUCCACUGAUUACUUGGAAAGAAUUCCAGUCAUUCAUGCCCUGGGAUAUAGCCAUUCUUGUCGGUGGAGGGUUUGCCUUGGCAGAUGGCUGUGAGGAGUCAGGACUAUCUAAGUGGAUAGGAAAUAAAUUAUCUCCUUUAGGUUCAUUACCAGUCUGGCUAAUAAUUCUGAUAUCUUCUCUGCUCGUCACAUCUUUAACAGAGGUAGCCAGCAAUCCAGCUACCAUUACCCUCCUUCUUCCAAUACUAUCUCCAUUGGCUGAAGCCAUUCACGUCAACCCUCUUUAUAUUUUGUUGCCUUCUACUCUGUGUACCUCAUUUGCUUUCCUCCUACCAGUAGCAAACCCACCCAAUGCUAUUGUUUUUUCAUAUGGCCAUCUAAAAGUUAUGGACAUGGUUAAAGCUGGACUCGGCGUUAAUAUUGUGGGUGUCGCUGUGGUGAUGCUUGGCAUGUUUAGCUGGAUUGUACCUAUGUUUGACCUCCACACUUAUCCUUCCUGGGCUCCUCCAAUUAGUAAUGAGACAACGCCAUGACAAGCUUGACUAUUCUGUGAUCCCAUCAUACAUGUUGUGAGUUUCACAGACAUCUGAGAUAAAUACUACAUACUCAGCUCUCCUUCCUUCCUGGACACAUGGGAAACUAAACUUCCUAGGAGUUCUUGCAGUUAGGGGCAUCAGAGUGACUAGUUUUGACCAAAGAAAUGUGCGUGGAAAGGACUGUGUCGUGUCCAGGAUGAAGCAGUGAAAACCUCUCUGGGCAAUUCUCCAGUCUCCCUCUUCUUCUCCUGCAACAGACUCUGAAACCUCGUGUUGAAAUGUCAAUGCCCCUUGUAGGAGAGAUUUGUUGUGACUUUGUGGAGCAGAGCCUGUCUCUGUCCAGUUUUGAAGAUGUGACAUGAUACAGAAAUAAACUUUUAUUGUAUUAAAC